UUUAUGUGUUAAAUUAAUGCAAUUGCAAUGUACUUUAUGCUGACAUAUUUUAUUGUUGAUAUUGGGCUUUGUCUCUAUGUAAGCUGCCCCAGUCCCCUUGGGGAGAUGGGGCAGGAUAUAAGAAUAAAGUUGUUGUUGUUGUUGUUGUUGUUGUUAUUCAGCAAGUUUUACUUAGGGCCACACAGCCAUAUCACCCAGAAUAUCAAGGUAAAUAAUCCAUAAUAUCUGAAUCCACACUGCCAUAUAAUCCAGUUCAAUGUGGAUUUUAUACAGCUGUGUGGAAGGCGCCUUAUACAGUAUAUUAAGAGAUUUUUCAGGGCACUUCCAGACAGGCCUAUAUCCUGGUAACCAAUUUCAGAUUUUCUGCUUUAAACUUGACUCUAUGAGUCCCCCCUGCCAGAUAAUCUGAGAUAAACAGAAAACCUGGGAUCAGAUCCUGGGAUAUAGGGCCUGUCUGGAAGGGCCUUCAGUUGUAAGAAAAAUCUCAUUAUGUACAUAUAUGCAGACAACAGUAUUUCAAAAUUCAAUAAAUGAAUGAAUAAAUAAUCCAAAACACUUCGUCCCCAAACAUUUCUGAUAGAGGUACUCCGCCUGUAACUCUAAGAGGCCUAGCCACAGGAAUUCUGUCAGUAUAAAACAGCUAAGCUGAAAAGGCUGUUUUCAAUGCGUGUCAUAGGUAAUUGUGACCUGGCGGGUAUAACUGCUGAUGUGAUUCCACUUUGCCCAGGGUGGAAUUUUCAGUCCCUGGGGAAGGAGCCCUCUAGGUUUGUGCCAGCUCUAUUCAUCCCGGGUCAGAUUGAUUCCAAAAAUGAGGAUAAAGUUCACUGAAAAGAAUCACAACAGUUUUAUGAUGCAGGCCCUUGACAGGCAAAGAAAGAACAAGGAGUUUUGUGAUGUGGUUCUCAGAGUGGACCAGAAUGACUUUUACGCUCACCGCAAUGUCUUAGCAGUGGUGUCCUCGCAAAUAAGGGACAUGAUAUCUGGUGAGAAUACGAAAACAGAUGAAUUCUUCAUUUACAUUGAUUGCAAGUGCUUGAGCUCUGCCUUGGUGGAGGAGCUGCUCAAUUAUUUUUAUACAGGGAGCAUCAUGAUUUCAGAGAAGAACGUGGGAGAUCUUUUGAAGGGAGCCAAGCACUUCAAUUCUCAGACUCUGAAAAACCACUGCUCUGAUUUCCUACAGAGUUCUCUCAAGAAGAACAACUGCUUCCAGUAUCUUCUCUUGGCCACUGUGUAUGAUCUGAGGGAGGUAGCAAAUUUGGCCUAUGAUGGCAUCCGAGACAAUUUUGAUUAUUGGGCAGGGCCACAGGGCAGAGGAGAAUUGAUGCAUUGCCCCUCUUCCAUCUUUAGCAAGCUCCUUGAGGAUGAAAAUCUUCAUGUGCAAAAUGAGGACCAGAUCUUUCUGGCUCUCCUUCAGUGGGUGAAAUAUGAAAAGGCAGAAAGAGAGAAGUUGUUUACAAAGUUUUUUGAUUAUUUAUAUUUAUCUGCCGUUUCCACCAAGACACUGCUUGCUGCCUGUCGUGAAGUGUCGCUCUUUACUGACCAUAGUGGCCCAUUGGCCCGAAUAGAAGGCAUCUUGAGUGAGCGUAAACAAGGCAAGCCCCAAAGCCUGAUGCUGAACCAGAGGAAGGGGGCACUAAUGGACUCCGUGGUGAUUCUGGGAGGGCAAAAUCAGCAGGGGGAUUUCAGCAGUGGGGUUUUUGCCUACAUACUUGGAGAGAACAUCUGGCUGAAGCUGACGGAGAUGCCUUACAAAGCUUCGGCUCUUAGUGCCACUUCAUUGGGGAAAUAUAUUUAUGUCUCUGGAGGAACAACAGAGAUCAUGUCUGGCCUGAAGACAGCAUGGAAAUAUGACAUGGAUGCUAACUCCUGGCUUAAGCUCCCAGACCUGCCCAUAGGUUUGGCCUUCCACACCAUGGUGGCUUGUGGAGGGGCCGUGUACUCCAUCGGAGGAAGCACAGCUCCAAGAAAACACAUUUCAAGUAUCUAUAAGUACAGUGAUGUCAAGGAGAAUUGGGUUCUUGCUGGGAAAACGAGCAUACCUAUGGAUGCAACAGCAGUAAUCACCAAGGGGGACAAGACAAUUUAUAUUGUGACCGGGAGGUGCCUGAUGAAUGGACGCAUCUCCCGAGUGGGUGUGCUGGACUGUUUUGACAUGGAAGCCCGGAGUGUGGUGCAAUACAUCACAUUCCCCAUUCAGUUCAACUAUAAACCCUUGUUGUCUUUUCCUCAGGAGAACAUCUUGAGUGUUCAGAGCCACAAAGAGAGUGUGGAAAUAAACCUCCAGAAUAUUAAAAUGAACAAGUCCACAAAACUUAUGCCUCUCUUACCAAAUAACUAUCACUUGGAUCUCUCACAUGCAGUGUGCUCAGUCGGAAAUAACAAAGUCUUUGUGUGUGGGGGUCUUGCAUGGCCAGAUCACCAGCAUCCCACGGGACAUUCCAUUAAUCGGCAAGCAUAUAUGUUAGAUCAAAGCACAGGAGAAUGGAGGGUGUUGGCUCCACCUCCAGAAGCUCUGGAUUGCCCUGCUUGUUGUACAGCUAAGUUGCCAUGUAAGGUGCUCCAGAGAACAGUCGUCAAUUAAUUUGGUAAAGCAGAAAAACUCCCAGGUUCUAAAAUAAAGAAUGACUGGAUCAUA